GGUAUUGAGUAAUCAACACACAGCAAAACACAGCAAGACGGCAACGAAGAAGUAGACCGACAGCUCCUCCAGCUACUGUACGAUAAUGGACACACGGUUCACCCGAGGGAAAUCCACCAUCUUGGAGCGCCCCUUGACCAGACCCAAGACGGAAGUCAGCGUGAGCGCGUUUGCGUUGCUGUUCUCCGAGAUGGUGCAGUACUGCCAGAGCCGAGUGUACUCGGUUACUGAGCUGCAGACGCGUCUGGCCGACAUGGGCCAAAGCGUGGGGGCCGGCAUGCUGGACGUGCUGGUUAUGAGGGAGAAGAACGGCAAACGGGAGACCAAAGUGCUCAACAUGCUGCUCUUUAUCAAGGUGAACGUAUGGAAGUCUUUGUUUGGGAAAGAGGCGGACAAGCUGGAGCAGGCCAACGACGACGACAAGACGUACUACAUCAUCGAGAAGGAGCCGCUCAUCAACGCCUACAUCUCCGUGCCCAAGGAGAACAGCAGCUUGAACUGCGCCGCCUUUACCGCGGGCAUCGUGGAGGCCAUCCUCACGCACAGCGGCUUCCCCGCCAAGGUGACCGCCCACUGGCACAAAGGCACCACACUCAUGAUCAAGUUUAACGAGUCGGUCAUAGCCCGGGACAAGGCUUUGGACGGCAGAUAAACACGAGGGGACUUGUUCCUUUUUGCAGGUCACGCACCAAAAACAGGUCGGACUUUAUUGGAGUAAGACUGUGAUAUUCUGGAUGGAUGAAAACAUCUCUUUCAUUCUGUUUUCCACUCUUGACUAGAUCGUGUGUUGAUGUCACGCCUGAAUUUUGCACAGGGAAAAAAACAUCAUUCCUAUUACAGAUGGUUUUUGUUUCAAAA